CAACCCUACCCUCCCAAAACCCAACCACACACCCUCACAACCCCAAACCAAACAAAAUGCUCAAACCCACCCUCCUCACCCUCCUCAUCACCACCCUCGCAACCGGCACCCCAAUCCUCCAACCCCGAGACAUCUGCAGCCACACAUCAAGCGACAGCUUCAUCGGCAAGACCGUGGCAAGCGUAGCCUGCGCACAACUCACCAUCACGAACACAGGCUGCAUCGUCACAGUCAAAUACCCGGCCGACAUCUACGGAGACUCAUUCACCUUCGACAGCGCCUCGAAGUCCUUCAAAGCGCUCCGCAACAGCAAGCUCACCCUGACAGCAACGCCCCAGCCCGGAAACUCCGCCGCGGUCUGGUCCGGCACGGCGGGCAAGAGCAAUCCCACCACAUACCAGGUUCCAUUGACCGGCCAGCCCGCUUCUAUUGCCGUGCUGUGCGCCCCGCCGCCGCCGCAGUGUAUCGCCGCUGGUCAGCCUUGUGUGUUUGAGGUUCCUGAGGGGUGUUGCUCGGGGGCUUGUGCGUGUAUUGGGGAGGCGUGUAAUUGUUUUUAGCUGACUUGGACGAACGUGGACAUAUAGGGGACAUGGAGACGAAACAAGCUAGAGAUCAGAUGCAGGGUGUAGGGU